UUUUUAGGGUACCUCUGGGGUUGGCAUGCUCUGGCUAUCGCCUAUUGGGUCAAAGUAAAACUAGUCGUAGUGGGCUUCUUCGUCGGCAGCGCAGUAUUCGUCGCCCUACGGUAUGUCUGGCCAAAUAAAUGUUCUACUGGGAUUGUACACGACUCACCCACUAUUGUGUACGACCACCCGCCUCCAUCAUUUGCUCACGAUCAUGUACCAUAUUCUCUCGACCAUUCGCCCCACUUCGAUCACUCCUUUAGUAGUUCAGAUUCAGUUGAUCCUUACUCUGGCUACGCCGGUUCGUAUUCAGAAGAUAUAACUGCUACUGCAGAAGUGGUACCGUCAACAGGGCCAGGUACACAUCGACUUGGGCGACGAAGUGUGCGUCAACAGAUAAAUACGUCACAGCAGCGGCAACAAACAGAGCGACCAAUGAAAAUGGAGGAAAGGAUUGCAGAAUUAAUGUUUGAGUUUUUGGGCUUGGAUUCACAAGCUUGUCGCCGACGCUUUAUUUGUGAAAUGGAGUUCCGUUCCCGUUUGAAUCCACUCAGCAACAUGGCUUUCCGUAUUGUAGGUCGUGGAUUUUUCGAAAAAUAUCUGAACGCAAGAAAUGAAAAUGACCAAGCGCAUUCGUUUACGGAAUGUGCAGCAGUUAAUCCCGAGUGCGUAUUUAUCGAGCAAAACGUGGACGAAGAUAUUACAUCCGCAGGUCAAAAUGGGUUGAAACUACAGAGUGCGGCUGUUGAAGCAGCUAAUAAAAUCGAUGGUAGUUCAGUGGAAAGCGAGAACGGAAUGAAUGAAGAAAGUCAAAAUGAAUCGAAUCUGCAAGCCGAACUUCGGCUUAAAAAAACAAUUUAAACACAUUCGUGAGCAGCAAAGGACGGUCUCGUCUACGCAUGAAAAGCUUUAGACAAAUUAACUUUAAUUAACUUUAAUAUUUAUUAAGUCUGAUAUAAGAAUUUUAUAAUUCUAUCAAUAACAUCUACAUAUGUCAUAUGAUAUGAGGGUCAUCAAAUAAGGGCUUAGAUCAGGGCUGGCGAACCAAAGGCACGCGUGCCAUUGAUGGCACGCAACAAACACCCAACAUUAUAGCUCAGAAGUGCCAAAAAACAGACAGUGAUCAACAAAAUCCACAAAAGACAUUCGAUUCUUGAGUUCCAGUGCAAGCUUUGUGAUGUUGUGGUUGUAAUAUAAUGGUCGUAGUCACA